AUGGAGCCCAAGGCGACCAACUUACUGCCGGCCCAGGAGGCUUCUAAAAUCUACCACACCAACUAUGUGAGGAACUCCCGAGCCAUCGGCGUCAUGUGGGCCAUCUUCACCAUCUGCUUCUCCAUCAUCAUCAUGGUGGUGUUCAUCCAGCCCUUUUGGAUCGGCGACAGUGUGAACACGCCACAGGCGGGUUACUUUGGCCUCUUCCACUACUGCAUCGGCAACGCUCUGACCUCGGAGCUCAUCUGCAAAGGAUCCGUGUUCGCAUUCGGCACCAUUCCCUCCGCAGCCUUCCGGACCGCCAUGUUCUUCAUAGGAACCUCCAUGCUGCUGAUUGUCGGGACCAUCGUGUGCUUCAGUCUGUUCUUCUUCUGCAACGCUGGGAACGUCUACAAGAUAUGUGCCUGGAUGCAGCUCGCCUCGGCGGGGUUGAUGGUGGGGGGCUGCCUGAUCUACCCGGACGGCUGGGACGCUCCGGAGGUGAAGAGGAUGUGCGGCCUGAUGACGGACAAGUACACGCUGGGGAACUGCACCGUGCGCUGGGCCUACAUCCUGGCCAUCAUCAGCAUCCUGGACGCCCUGAUGCUGUCCCUCCUGGCCUUCACCCUGGGGAACCGGCAGGACAAGCUGGUGUCCGAAAACGCUGGGGAGGCGGAGGGCCAAGGUGAGGCAGAACAGGGAGUCUAG